AUUUGGAAGGACCAGUUUCGAGAAUAAUUCAGUAUAAAUACGAAUUUAAUCUUGAUUGGUACCUUUUAACCUUUAAAGAUGAAAGAAGACAGCCAGAGUGGCAGCAGUACAGAAACUUAGCAGGAUGCAAUGAGAUAAUUAAAGAGUUUUGGAUGCGUGAGGAUGCUGGGACGACUCCAAUGGUUGGCCCUUUUGGAUCGUCAAAGUUUUUGCGUUUCACAAAUAAUAAAAACGAAAACGAGAGUGAUAAUCAUCAGCUUCAAAUGACUCAUUUAAAUGUUUAUUGUCAGGUCUAUUUGAAAGAUCCCAGUAAGCCAUUGGUCAAUGAUAUUCCAAACAUUCAAGAGAGGAACACUGAACAAACAGAACAGAUGUUCUGUAAAUCAAGGGCUACAGGCAUCCUUAAUAUGAACAAUGAGUGGAUAGGAUGUUUGGAAAAAGGCCAAAAUAAAAUUUUUCUUGCAACCGUCCUCUUGAAACCAUAUCCUGGACAUUGCCAUGACGCAUCGUCCCUAUUUAAAAAUAUCGGAAAAACUCUUUGGAUGCGCCAUUUUAUACCAUUAACAUAUGCCAAAGAAUUUAUUCGAAAUAUAGCCAAUAAUGUGUCUCUAUUUACAAUCGAGGCUAUUUACGACCGGGACAUGCCUAGUCUUUAUAUUGAAUGCGCUUUGAUGGAAUGGAGUGAAAAG